AGAAACUCACUUUUUAUGGUGCCUUCUAUAAAAAGGCUAUAAUUGUCUGUUUUGUUGUAUAUUACGAUAAUUUCACCGAAUCAAUAAGGAUUAUAGAUAGAGUUUGAAUAAUCACUAAUUCCAUGUCAUAAAUACAGAAAAGCGCGUAUCUAAUCUCUCUAAAUUUAUUGUCGACAGUUAUUGACUUUAUUGUUAAAGAGGUGUAAAUCUAAUACCAUAACGUAGUAAAGCCUUAUUUCUUUUUUGUUAUCUUAAACAAUUUAUCUAUGUACUUAGUGUAUUUAGUUGUUUUGCAAAGGUAUUGCAAUAUUAAACUACAUACCUAUAUAACAUUAAACUGUAAUUUUGUUUUACAUUUAAUUUUGAUACGCGAUGGAGAAAGUACUAUUUAGUUCAAAAUUGUACGCGGAUAAUAAUUUGAGUGCAGUGGAUCAUGCCCGUAGUUUUCUUGAGAAUUACAAAGAUUUUUUCCAUUGGGCGAAUUCGGAAGACAUAUUAGAAGUUGGUUGUUCAAACGGACGAAUUACGAAAGAAAUACUUUAUCCAUUCGUUAAAAAACAUCUUAAUUGUUUAAUUGGUGCCGAUAUUUGUCCUGAAGCUAUACAAAUAGCGAAUGAAACUAACAAUCUUAUGAAUUUAUCGUUUGAAACAAUGGAUAUAACCGACUUGGAUGGAUGUUAUAAAUACAAGGAACGAUUUAAUCAUAUCUUUGCGCUUUAUUUGUUUCAUGUUGUGGAACGAUCUGAUUUAUGGUCUACAAAUGUCUUUCAAAUGUUGAAACCCAAUGGACAAUUAUUUUUUUCUGUAAUAGCAAACGAAGAUAAUUUUGCUAAUAAAUGUUUGUCCGCUCAACAAAGUGAUAACACAAAACCUUGGUAUAAAUACAUAAAAGAUUUGCGGUUAUACUUCGUGGAUUACGGUCCAACACCAAAAGAAACAAUAACAAAUAUUUUAGAAGGAGCUGGUUUUAUCAUUGAUAAAAUUGAUUUGUAUCAUGAUGCAUUAUUUCACUAUCCGAAUACAGAUGUUAUGAGAAGUACUUUUUUGAGCACCAAUCCAUUUUAUUCGCACAUCCCAGACGAAUUGAAAGCACCAUAUUUUGAAGACUACGUAAACAAAUUGCUUGAUUAUGUAACUUAUGAAAAUGGAAUGUAUACAAUAAAAUUUGAUGUAUUGACUGUGUUGGCAACAAAAUAUGACUCUAAACACAUUUAAACAGUAAAAAUUAAUUCAGUAA